AUGCCUUACCUCGACGAUUCUUUCCUUUCCCAAAAUUUCCUCUCCGCCAGCAAGAAAUCUGAGAUCAGCAUGUCUUUCUUGGGUGCCGUCAAGCAGAAGAUUGGCCGCAGGUCAUCUUCAGCUUCUCGCGAGUCCAAGGAGGCAUCCCAAUUCAAUAUGCCGAGUCUCGGCAGCAACAAUCCAUUUUCCAGCUCUGCGGUCAAGCCCUCCAAUCGUGAGUCUUCGCCUGACAUCAUCGUGACCCCUCCGUCUCCGAUUAAAAGCGCUGACAGACGUUCAGCUCCCGACCAGCCCCCCCCAGCCUACUCAGAAUUGGCACCCGCUCCAUCGGGAGACGGCGACCUAGGAAGUAAAGGCGGCUCGGUUAGAAGCCCCUCGCCCGCCCCAUCCAAUGCCGGGCCCAUCAUAUCGAGCAACGGUAUGAGCAUUUCGACACCCGAGGACCCCUACGCAUUCCUUUCCUCAUUCGAUACCAUUCUCGUUAUUGACGAUUCGGUGUCCAUGUCUGGCCGCUCAUGGUCCGAGGUUCGGGACGUCAUCCGCAACAUCGCCCCGGUCUGCACGUCACAUGACGAGGACGGUGUUGACCUAUACUUCCUCAACCAUGAUUCCCAGGCUGAUGGCAAUCCUUGCGAGGGCAAAGCCCCGGGUGGCUACUACGGCAUCCGUCGUGCCGAAACGGUCGAGGAUAUCUUCACUUCUGUUCAUCCACGCGGCGCUACGCCCACUGGUCAGCGUCUUAGAGCCAUCCUCAAGCCUUAUCUUCAGCUUGCCGAGACCAAGAAGAAUAACAUCGAGAGUGUCAAGCCCAUCAAUGUCAUCGUCAUCACUGAUGGCGCGCCAUCCGAUGACGUCGAGGCACCCAUCAUCGCCGCAGCCAAGAAGCUUGACAAGCUUGACGCUCCCAUGCAUCAAGUCGGUAUACAGUUCUUUCAGGUUGGCGACGAGCCCGGUGCCCGUGAGGCGCUUUGGGAGCUCGACGAUGAAAUCGUCGGCAGUGUCGAUGGUGAUCUUCGAGAUAUGGUCGACACCGUUACCUGGGAGGACGGUAACCGCGGCGUUCUCACGGCAGACAGCAUCCUCAAGGUCGUUCUUGGCGCGGUGGUCAAACGCCUCGAUCGCCGUCGUACGACUGGCGAGAGCCGUAGCUAA